CCUCUCUCACAACAUCCUCAGUGACCACAUGCCAGCUGUCCUACAAAAACACACCCCAAACAAAAUCCCUUCUCAUUUCAUCACUCUCACUCUCCUACCAACAAAAGCAAAUGAACCCCUCUUGCUUACUCCUAAACCUAGCCAUAGCCAUGACCAUGAUGGUGGUCAUGGCCAUGGCCUCAUCCUCCCCCUUCAUAGGCAUAGGAGGCAGCAUUGGUGUCUUCAUCAACAACCCAAAUGACUCCCCCCCUCCCUCCCCUUCUCAAGACCUCAACAGUGACUAUUAUGCCCUCCAAGCCUUCAAAUCAGCCAUCGCUGAGGACCCAAAUGGGCUUCUCACCUCAUGGGCGGGCCCAAAUAUCUGCUCCUACAGAGGAAUCUUCUGCUCAAUCCCCCAGGAGUCCCUCUCUGAUUCCCAAUCCCAAGCAGUUCUUGCCAUUGAUCUCAACCAUGCAAACCUCAAAGGCACCCUUGUUAAGGAACUGUCUUUACUCUCUCACCUCUCAAUACUCCACCUCAAUUCCAAUAGAUUCUCAGGCACAAUCCCUGAUUCCCUCCAAAACUUGCACUUUCUAUCUGAACUUGACCUCAGCAACAACCAUUUCUCAGGCCCAUUUCCAGCUCCAGCUCUCCUAAUACCAAAUUUGAUAUAUUUAGACCUCAGGUUUAACUCAUUCUCAGGAGAAAUCCCCGAUGAACUCUUCGAAAAGGACCUUGAUGCAAUAUUCCUCAACGACAAUCAGUUCGAGGGUCAGAUUCCAAUGAGCCUCUGGGGCUCAUCGGCCUCUGUCAUCACCUUGGCCAACAACAAGCUCUCUGGCUCCAUCCCUGCUAGUUUCGGCUAUAUUAGAUCCAACCUAAAACAGAUACUGUUCUUGAACAAUAAGCUCACUGGUUGCAUUCCGGAGGCCAUUGGAUAUUUAAAUGAUGUCGAGGUUCUUGAUCUCAGCUUCAAUUCUCUUUAUGGGAAGCUUCCAGGCACAGUUUCCUGCUUAUCAGGGAUUGAAGUGUUAAACAUUGGGCAUAAUCAAUUGUCAGGGGAAUUAUCUGAUAUUGUUUGUGAUCUAAGGAGCUUGGCUAAUUUGACAGUGGCCUAUAAUUUUUUUUCUGGGUUUAGUCAGGAUUGUGCAAAGUUGUUCUUCAGGAAUGUGGGGUUCGAUUUUUCGGGGAAUUGUAUACCGGGGAGAGAUAUGCAGAGGCCAGAGCCGGAGUGUUCUCAGGUGCCAGGUGAAGGGUUGAGUUGCUUGAGGACGCCGGUGCCGAAGAUUGUGGCUUGUGCUGUGGCUGGGAUUGAAGGAGGGAGAGGCUAUCCAUUUCCCAGUUCACUUCCUUCUUCUAUUCCUUGAAAACGUGCGUCAACUUGCUCAGUAACAGUGGUUUAUCUGCAAUUGGAUUAAGUUUUAAUUGUAGUUGAAAAAUUGAAAAUAUUUCUCCUGUUGUCACAUCAAAUUGAAUGUAGUUGUAGAGGACAACUAGUUUUUGUAUGGGUUUGUCAGGGUUUUCUAUUGAAUUCUGGAUGACGUAAUUUGGUUGAGAAGUUGGUCGUAGCUUUGAUGGGUUCGUCUCAAAUAUCAUCCAAAUCCACAGUGAUUGUUGCUUCACUUUUUCAAGAAGGUGCAACCUCAAAAAUACUUUUGCUUCAAUGAAUGUGUAUGCUGUGUGUUGUUCUUAAGCGCAA